AUGGCACCGACACGAAAGCACCAAGUCUCCGUCAUCGGCUCCGGCAACUGGGGCUCAACAAUCGGCAAGAUCCUCGCCGAAAACACCGCCGAGCACAGCGACACCUUUGAGAAGGAUGUCCGCAUGUGGGUAUUCGAAGAAGACAUCAAGGUCCCCUCCGACUCCGCGCACCACGACAAAUACGGCGACGAACCACAGAAGCUCACAAAAGUGAUCAACGAGACACACGAGAACGUCAAGUACCUACCGGGCAUUAAGCUGCCAUCUAACCUCAUCGCCACACCAGACAUCAAAGAAGCCGUCAAAGACGCAACAAUCCUAGUCUUCAACCUCCCCCACCAAUUCAUUGACAAGACCCUCGACCAGAUCCAGGGUCACCACCUCCCCUACGCCCGCGGCAUCUCCUGCAUCAAGGGCGUCGACGUCUCAGACGGAACGGUUACACUGUACUCAGAGCGCAUCAUGGAGAAGCUGCACAUCUACUGCGGCGCAUUGUCCGGCGCAAACAUCGCACCAGAGGUUGCAGCCGAACGGCUCUGCGAGACGACGAUCGGUUACGACCCGCCACCUAUGGAUCUUACGUCCGAGGAUGGCGCGCCCAAGGAUAACCUCAUCAAGGUGGAUGUCCAGCGCCAGAAGGAACGCAAGCCAACGAGCAUCAAGCUCGAGCGCGUGCCGCAAGACUUACCGCAUGUCAACGGCGAACUCCUCGAGAAACUCUUCGCGCGACCCUACUUCUUCGUGCACGUUGUCAAGGACGUCGCUGGCGUUGCGCUUGGCGGAGCCCUCAAGAACGUCGUCGCACUGGCGGCAGGAUUUGUCGCUGGCAAGGGAUGGGGCGAGAACACGAAGGCGGCCAUUAUCCGGCAGGGUGUCGGCGAGAUGAUCCGGUUCGGACGGACGUGGUUCCCCAGCUCCGUGAACGAGAAGACAUUCACAGAGGAGAGCGCCGGUAUUGCAGAUCUAGUGGCGAGCUGCUACGGAGGCCGCAAUGUGCGUUCUGCGACGCAUGCGGUUGAACAGGGGGUUAGUGUCGGCGAGAUUGAGGAGAAGGAGAUGAAUGGGCAGAAGCUGCAGGGUGUUUCGACGGCGCAGGUGGUGUAUGACUUUUUGGAUAAGCAUGGGAAGACGGAGGAUUUCCCGCUGUUCUGUGCUGUGAGGAACAUUAUUGAAGGGAAGAAGCAGGUGGAUGACCUUCCGGCUCUGCUUAGCAAGAAGAAAUAA